GCUCGUGGCGUGCGGACGCGAGUUUAAGAAUUCAUUUGAAUUUCUUACGAAAUUCGAUUGAGCGAAUCAUCGAACUUUUUGAUUUUGUGCUCGUGGUAUAGUGCAGUGUAAAUUUUAUGUGUUGUAGUUUUAAAUCGGACAUAAUAUUUAUGACGAAAGAGUUUUUUUGCGGAUGCCCGUAGGAAUCUUAUUCAUUCCAAGAAACUGAACCUAAUGGAUCCGAAUAAGACGAGUUGAAAUCGUCGUGAAAUAUGAAGCGAGCCGACAUUGCGUUUUGGCGCGAAAUGUCAAUCGCUGUCACAUUAGUGUUCGCUUUGGCGGGAAUCGCCUCCGCGAGAGACAUCGUUCUAGAUGAUACUUAUACAGUAAUCGAAGCGUCGACCAAUGAGAGACUGCGUCUAGUCUGCGGAUUGAGGCCGAGAAGUCAAACGCAGGGGGUGCGAUGGCAUUUUGAUGGGAAACCGUUGGAAGGACAAAAUAGACAACGGGUAGUUCUACAACGACAAUGGUUGAGGAUAAAAGGAUUCAGAGCAAAGGAUGCCGGCGUAUAUACAUGUCAUAACGAUGAAGAUAAAGGAAGGGAAAUGAGUGUUACAAUCAAGCACUGGCCAGAUGUGGAACAAGACAAUUUAGAAGAAUACCAAUCAGAUAUCGACAUGCAACGACCGAUGCCAGAAAUAUUAGCUCAACACGAAGCUCCCUUAGAGAACAAUACUUUGGAAGAAAAACCAACGGAUGUGAAAAGAUUGACGAAAAGUUUAAAAUAUAGGGAAUAUGAUAACAAAGACGAGGACGUCGAUGAUAAAAGUGAAAGAGAACAUCCUAACUAUGGACAUGUGGAUGAUACUAAAACAAAAUACGCUCCUAAAUUUAAACAUCCCUCAAAAAUGUUCAACAUGGAUAUGAAGCCAGCAGGUAGUUCGAUAAGACUGAAAUGCGCUGCUGAUGGAAAUCCAACGCCAAAUAUCACAUGGUUUAAAAACAACGGCACACCCAUCAUGAGGACGUACUUCCAGCCGUCUUAUGGCAAAUGGUCGAUGACGCUCGACGAAUUAACCAAAGCCGAUAAUGGAAACUACACUUGUCUAGUUUGUAAUGAACUGGGCUGCAUCAAUCAUACAGUCAUUCUUCACAUACAAGAGCGUUUAUACGCGAAACCAGUGCUAACCCAGGGUGUAGUCAACCAGACCAAAUUGGUCGGUGAGACGGCGAAGUUAAGCUGCGAAUUCCUUUCUGAUCUCCAUCCGUACGUCUUUUGGAUGUUUUUCACAAAUGACGAGUACAAUUAUAAUGUCACUAUUGACACCAACGAGGGUGCCACUCAGGAGUCCAUUGUGUUCUACGACAAGACUAAACUCAUGACGAGUGAAGACCCAUUGGAUUUGCCCGAACAACUGACAAUAUUCAAUGUAACCAAGGAGGACGAGGGCUGGUACGUUUGUGUAGCUCUCAACACUUUAGGAAACACCACAGCUAAAGGAUAUCUUUCUGUUGUUGAUUCAUUCCCAGCACCAGAGCCUAUAAACCACGGAAAGCACACGUUGUUUAUAAAUAUUUUAACAGCGGUGUUAGGCGCGAUGUUUUUAGUCGCUGCUUUGGUAGUAGUGAUGAUAUUCAAAAAGUUGAAAAGAGAGAAGAUAAAGAAGCAACUAGCGAUAGAAACAGCACGUGCGGUGAUCGUGACGCACUGGACGAAAAAAGUGACAGUGGAAAAGCCACAGAUGAACGGAACUCCCAGCACGACUGGUGAAGGUUUGUUGAUGCCGGUUGUGAAAAUAGAAAAACAAAAAUUGUCACAAGUGCAGGGCAACACAAGCGAUUCAAUGAUGAUGUCGGAAUAUGAACUGCCAGUAGACAUCGACUGGGAAGUGCCCAGAGAGUCCUUGUCGCUGGGCAAGAUUCUGGGAGAAGGAGAAUUCGGGAAAGUGGUCAAAGCUGAAUGCGUAGGGAUUCUGAAGCCGGGAGUUCAGUCUGUGGUAGCUGUUAAAAUGUUAAAAGAGGGUCACACGGAUGCGGAGAUGAUGGCGCUUGUAUCUGAGAUGGAGAUGAUGAAGAUGAUAGGCAAGCACGUGAACAUCAUCAACCUGCUCGGCUGCUGCACGCAGGAUGGUCCGCUCUACGUUAUCGUUGAGUACGCGCCUAACGGAAACCUGAGAGAGUUCCUAAGGAAUCAUCGCCCUGGAAAUAGAUAUGAAUCACCAACGGAAGACUUGAAGGAAAAGAAAACUUUAACACAAAAAGAUUUGGUAUCAUUUUCAUACCAAGUAGCUAGAGGAAUGGAAUACUUAGCAUCAAGACGGUGCAUCCAUAGAGACUUAGCAGCACGUAACGUGCUAGUCUCAGACGACUGUGUUCUAAAGAUCGCAGACUUUGGUCUCGCGAAGGACGUGCACAGUAAUGACUACUACAGGAAGAAGACCGAAGGCCGGUUGCCUGUGCGAUGGAUGGCACCGGAGUCACUUUACCAUAAAGUCUUCACGACACAGACUGAUGUAUGGUCGUUCGGCGUGCUCCUGUGGGAGAUAAUGACGCUGGGAGGCACGCCGUACCCGACAGUGCCGGGACAGUACAUGUACCAGCAUCUCAGCGCAGGACAUCGUAUGGAGAAGCCGCCUUGCUGCAGCCUUGAAAUUUACAUGCUGAUGCGUGAAUGCUGGUCCUUCUCGCCCGGCGACCGGCCAUCUUUCACCGAACUGGUAGAAGAUUUGGAUAAAAUAUUAACCGUGACAGCAAAUCAGGAAUAUCUCGACUUAGGAUUGCCCCAACUUGAUACACCGCCAUCUAGUUACGACGGAUCCGGUGAUGAAAGUGACAGCGAAUUCCCUUUUAUAAAAUAAUAUUCAAUUUUGAGUUUAACUUCCAUUGGAGUUUAUUUACAUGUUAAUCCAUUGAUGCGUUUAUAUAACGCUUAGAUUAUCGACUUGAAGGAGCAAGCAAUGUAUGUUGCAUAAUGUGAAAUUGUCGAACAAGUCUGAAUAAAAGGUAAAUUGUGACUUUUAUUCACAUGUAAAUAUCAAAUAAACAUAAAAAUAAUCUUCGUAAUUUUGAAAACAGUGCAAAAAACUUUUAUUUAGCAUUUUGACAAAUUUACAUAAAACUGUUUUGUUCCAAGUUCAUCAGAGUAUUAAGUUAGUUAGGAAAAUUUUAAUUAAACGAAAUUAUUUUUGACCCACCUGUAUAUUGAAUAUUUUCAUACAUUAAAUAUUAGGAUAUUAAGGGCCUGCCCCACCACUGUCUGAUAGAGGCUCAGAUAGCUUAAAAUUGACGUUACUGGCAGAUGAGGGAACAAAAUCCGAUAUUCCCAUCACAUAUUUUACACGUUGGAUUGUUAUCAGACAAUUAACAAUUUGGUGGGACAGGGCCCUAAAUUAAGAAUUAUAUACCUUAUAUAUCGGAGUAUUAUAAGUAGAGUAGUGUGUUUAUAUACUAUUCUGAUUUUGAAAAUAAUUACGAACAAUGAACUUAGAAAUAAGUACAUGAACUCGGAAUUACCAAAAAAAUCAUAGUUUUUAAUAAUUUUUCUAAGAAUUUAUUUAUUAUUAAAUGUACCAAAACAUUUAUCGCAAAGUAUUUGAUUUUGUAUAUAAUUUUUUUACGGCUUUUGUCGUAUAUUUUAAAUUUUGUACAUAAAUGUUAUAGAACCAAAGUUCGAUUUAUAUUAUUUUUGUUAAGUGUAAUUGUACUGGAAACUAUUGUAUUAUGUAACGUUUUUUUGUGACUGUAGAACAAAAUACUCGCUUUUACAAAACAUUUUGUCAUGGGUUUCUUACCUAUAAAAAUACUCAUUACUGAAACACAUUUUUUUAUAUUUAGCAUUUAAUAUUUAUACAAUCUUGAUAGAAUAAUGU